AUGUAUCUUUCGAAGUAUGAAAUGCGCUUGUUUUUAUAUAUCUACUGGAAUUUAUGGCAAAACAGAAAUAAAGCUGUUAUUGAAGGUCGCUCUUGUGCACAAAAUGUGAUUUUCAACAGAGCUCAUUAUUUGGCUGAUGAAUAUGAAAGUCUUGUGAAAGGGGAACCUAAGUUAAUUGUAGAGAAACCAACCAAAUGGUCUCAUCCUCCUGUUGGUAGAUAUAAACUGAAUGUUGAUGCUGCUUUUAUUCCCGAAACAGGUGUGAGUGGAAUUGGUGCUGUUGUUAGAAAUGACAAAGGGGAAGUGAUGGCGGCUAUGGCCCUUCCUCUUGCCACUGCCACCUCAUCUAAACAUGCAGAUAUCAUGGCGCUUCAUUUCGGGAUGAAAUUUGCUCGGGAUGCUGGCUUUUCUUCUAUUUUAAUUGAGUCUGAUUCACAAGGGGUGGUAAAUGAUGAAAAGAAGGAUGAGGAAGAGUCAUGGGCAUCUUAUUGA